GCUGUGUUUUACAAAAACAGCAACAGGAGUUAUUACUUUUUAUUUCGGAUAACUUUUUGAGGAUCUAAAAUAUGAGUCGGCGGGCCCGCCCCCCCGCGGCCCCGGGGCUGCACCCUCACUGUGAGUCCUGCUACAGCCGGCGCUGCAGGGCCCGUCCGGAGGGCCCGGGGAGCUGCGCCCUGGCCCCGUGCCCCCUGCUCUGCGGAGCCGUCUUCCACCUCUGCAAGCAGGAGGAGCACGCGCUGCUGUGCCCCCGGCAGAGGCGGCCCUGCCUCAACGCCGCCUACGGCUGCCCCCACGCCAUGCCCCGGGCCGCGCGCGCCGCCCACCUGGCCUCCUGCCCCGCCAGCGUGGUGAGCUGCUCCAUGGAGUGGACCCGCUGGCCGGUGGACGACACCGACCCGCACCACCUGGGGGCGCUGCAGGCGGAGGUGCUGACGGAGGAGAGGGGGAGGCGGGAGGAGGGGGGGGGCCGGGGCGGGGCUCUGGACCUGGCCAUGGCGCUGGCCGACCAGCGCGUGCUCUACAGCCGCCUGAAGAUGAAGCCCCUCUUCCCGGAGCUGAUGGAGCCGGAGGAAGAGGGGGCGGGGGGGGGAGGGACCAAGGAGCGUGGCGUGGAGCCGGCGACGGUCACCGAUGGAGACGCCGUAGGAGGCGCAGAGGGAGACAAGGCUCCUGAAGAGGCAGACGCAGGUCAAAGGUCGGGCACUGGCAUCAACACGGAGAAGUACAACCUGUGCGACAUGAUGUUCAGCAUGGAGAAGGGUGGGUGUGCUGUCGCAGAGAGAACCCAGGGGGCGGCUAAACAGGAGGCCAAAACGAGUGACGGGGCGAUGGAGGGCGGGCCCCAGCAGGGCCCCAGUGGGCCCCACCAGAAGGCCCCCGGCGGGCCCCAGCAGGACACCGGCAGGACGGGCCACGCUCCCUGGCAGGACGGGGUGCUGGAGCGUCUGGGGGAGGAGCUCAGCCCCGCUGAGUACAACAUGUACAUGGUGCACCACGGCCGCAUGCUGCUGACCUUCGGGAAGAUCCAGGCCUGCACGCCGCGCGAGAAGGACUUUGUCUACGGAAGCCUGGAGCCCAUCCCCCUUCAGAGCCUGCAGUCCUUCAAGAUCCCCGAGAGCUUCCACUACAAGCAGCGCGUCCAGAUGGCGUAUGACGCGGCGCAGCGCGUCCAGAGCGAGGAGCGGUCCGUGGACACGUCUGACCUGGCGGUGAAGGAGGAAGACUGGCACCAGGACGAGGCAGACAGCACCCUGCUGGGCUAUGCAGAGCUAGAGGUCAUGGGUCACAAGAUCAGUGACACCAAGGGGACGGACGGCCACUACGUGGACGUGGGGACCCAGACGCACUCGUUCCGCACGGCUCCGUUCCGGAGGACCACCACCCUGGAGGAGGUGACGGCGGGGGGGCCCGCCAAGCUCCGCCUCCAGCUGCAGGCGGGCAGCGUGAGCAGCAGACACAACAAGGCCACCUCCGCCUUCACCUUCAGCUGCGGCCACAGCUUCCAUCGCUCCGAGUUCCCCCGACACUUCAGGAACGUCCACGCUGACGUCCAAACGUGCGUGAGCGGCUGGUUUGAGCAGAGAUGUCCCCUCUCCUACCUGGGCUGCACCUUCAGCCAGAGAAGGUUCCAGCCCUCCACCCAUAAAGCCACCGUCACCUACAACCAGGAGCUGAGCUGCUUCAACCUGUGUCCAGGGGACGGACCCCCCACAGCCCCACCAGGGCCCCCGCCUGGGGCCCAGGGGAGGGGCCGGGGGCGGGGACCAGGAGGACGGGACUCUCUGAGCGGGCUGCCCUACGAGGUGCUCUGCCACGUGGCCAGCUUCCUGGACAGCCUGUCCCUGUCCCAGCUGGCCCUGGUGUCCCGCCUGCUGAGGGACGUGUGCUCCUCCCUGCUGAGAGACCGGGGCAUGGUGACCCUGCGCUGGGAGAAGAAGACCUACACCCAUGGAGGGGCCAAGUGGAGGGCCAGACCUGUGUGGGAGUUCAGCCAUCUCUUCUCCACGGUCGAUGCUUGGUGCUUUGCAGACGUCCCGCCCAUAUCGGCUCAUCUCAGAGUCUGUCCGUACUACAAACCUUCUCUGGGCCACCAGCCCGUGGCCCUGGCCGGAAUGAAGGAGAGGCAGGACGGCCCCUCAGAGAGACAGACCCUGGUCAACCAGUUCAUGGGAAACAGACUGCAACUUUGAUACUUUUUUUUUGUUUUGUUUUUUAUUUCAAGCCAUCAAUCGGAACUGCAGCAGCAGUUAGGAGAGGCCUAAGCAAUCAAGACUGAUGCAAUUUAAUCUACUGCCUGCCUGUCAUGUGAUCAAAAGAAACUGCUCGAGAGCUAAUCCCUACAUGGCCAACAGGGAGACAACAUAACAGCUAUAACGACAGCAGUUGGUUAGAUUGCAUCAGUCUUGAUUGCUUAGGCCUGUCCUAACUGCUACUGCAGUCCCAAUUUUUAUGGCUGGAAUUUUCUGGUCUGUAUUUUGACCACUUGAAUAUAAAUCAUCAAUAUCUUAGUUUGAAAAUCUGAAUUUUUGAAUGUUGCAUUUUUUUUCUUUUUUGGAAAUGUUUCACUUUAAAUGCGAUGUUGGAAAUUUAAAGAGGUGCAUUUAUAACAAAUAAAUUCAUAUUAUCUUGCUUUCAA